AUCCUCGACACGAACCCGCGGAGUCGCGCAUGCACGGAAGAAAAGUACCCUCCAGAGUCACCAUGGCGCAGAUUUAGGAGAACCUUUGUCCACGGACCACAGAAAUCUUUCAGUCCAGGACUUUUACUUUCACCAAGCUUUUUUUCCCACUUUCCCAAGUUUUCCAGUUUCCGAGCCGCCGCGCACCGGUGUGAUGCCCGCUGGGAUGUUCAGCAUAGACAGCAUCCUGUCCGGCCGGCCGAGCUGCAAGGAGCCGCUGCUGCUGCACCGGAGCGGGCCGGUGGUGCUGUCCGCCGGCCUUACGGACUCUAUCUAUACCGACUACAACGGACUGUACUCGGCCACAUGCGGGCCCUCCCCCCCCGGUGUUCAGCCUGUGAACGGGGCCAGGAUAGGAUAUAACGGCUACUACUACGGACAGCUACACGUCCAGGGCGCCGGAGGAGCGCCGCCGUGCUGCGGCUCUGUGCCCGGUCUCAGCCCGCAGCAGUGCCCCUGCAUCCCGGCAGGCUACGAGAGCCCGGGCUCGGUGCUUAUCUCUCCAGUCCCGCACCAGAUGAUGUCCUACAUGAACAUGGGCAGCCUGUCGCGGACCGAGCUGCAGCUCCUCAACCAGCUGCAUUGCCGCAGGAAGCGGAGGCACCGCACCAUUUUCACGGACGAGCAGCUGGAGGCUCUGGAAGGCCUCUUCGAAGAGACCAAGUACCCGGACGUCGGCACCCGGGAGCAGCUGGCCCGUAAGGUCCACCUCCGGGAGGAGAAGGUCGAGGUUUGGUUCAAAAACAGACGCGCGAAGUGGAGGAGGCAGAAAAGGUCUUCGUCAGAGGAAUCAGAGAACUCUCAGAAAUGGAACAAAUCCACCAAAACGUCCGCGGAGAAAACCGAGGAGAGUAAAAGCGAGGUGGACUCGGACAGCUGAUAAUAAAAGCGACCUGACGCGGCCACAUGUGUGUGUGUACAUAUAGUGGAAAGUGGUGUGGACUCGACGGCAUGCUGGUGGUGUGAUCAAACGUGUUGCCAUGUUGCACAGUUGUACAUAUCUACAUUUUAUUAUGGAUUCUGUGUCCGCUAUUUAUAUUUAAUUUAAGUUUUUUUUUUUUUUUGUAAUGUUACGCACGCCAGAGGACGUGAAGCUCGGAGGAUUGACUGACAUGUCUGAAUAUAUCGUAAUAUUAUAUGUGACAUUUUUGUGGAUAUUAAAUGUUGUAAUUCUGGUAUUUUUUUCCGUUGUAGCAUUAUUCAGUGCGCUCAGCCAGCCGCAGCGGAAACACGUGGAGACUGUAAAAACACUCCGAGGCUGAGCGCAGCAUCACCAUACAGCUGAUGUGAAAAAUAAGCCGGCAUUUUUAUCUUAUUUUAUUUUUCAAAAAUAAGCAAACCUACGUAAAAGGACAGCGAGUAUUCAUUAAAAUAUAAAUGAAACAUCA